UUGGUCUUCACUAUUUGGGGCUUGAAAUCGAUUCAAAUUCGAUUCAAAUUCGAUUUCUUCUCUUUUUGCCUUGAGAGGUUCCACAUCAUGUCCGCGACGGCAGCUCCCGACUAUAUCGAUGUGCUCAUUAUUGGGGCUGGCCCUGCUGGUCUCAUGUUGGCCAAUUGGCUGGGCCGAUGUGGAGUCAAGACACGUAUUGUUGACAAACGUGGUAGCAAGAUCUAUAACGGACAGGCAGAUGGCUUGCAAUGCCGAACUCUGGAGAUCUUCGACUCGUUCGGCUUUGCUGACCAGGCCUGGAAAGAAUCCAACCACAUGCUCGAGAUUUGCUUCUGGAAUCCUGAUGAACAGGGCAGGCUUCGCCGGUCUGGCCGUAUCCCGGACACCAUCCCUGGAAUCAGUAGAUUUCAGCAAGUAGUGCUCCACCAGGGAAGAAUCGAACGCUUCUUUUUAGAUUCAAUCAAGGAACACAGUGAUAUCUCGGUGGAGCGUGGUGUACUUCCGACCGAAUUUUCCUUCGAUGAUGCGAAAGCCGCGGACUUCGAGGAUUAUCCUAUCUCCGUGACGCUGCGAACCUUGUCUGAGGAAGAGGCAGCUCCACCGCAGCAACAACAGCACCACCGUAGCUCAACUGGCCGUGAAACUGUCAGCGAUGGCCUUUUUCGGAGCAACUUGGCUGCCGAUGAUACCAAUGAGCUGAUACAGGCGGCCGAGAAACGCAAUCGAGUGGAUCAGGUUGAAUUAGUGAAGGCCAAGUUUCUCAUAGGAUGUGACGGUGCGCACUCGUGGGUUCGACGCCAGUUGGGGUACGUGCUGGAAGGCGAUUCCACAGACUAUAUCUGGGGGGUUCUGGACAUCAUUCCAAUUACCGAUUUCCCCGACAUCCGACAGCGUUGUGCUAUCCACUCCGCCAGCCAUGGCAGUGUGAUGGUCAUUCCUCGAGAAAACAAGCUGGUGCGGCUGUAUAUUCAGCUGCAGGCAACGGAACAUGAAACGGGAGGGAGGAAGGCGGAUCGGUCCUGGAUCACCCCAGAGGUUAUUCUCCAAUCGGCCCAGCGCAUUCUCCACCCUUAUAAGCUCGACUAUACAUACUGUGACUGGUGGACAGGAUACCAAAUUGGGCAAAGGGUAGGGAAUGAGUUCUCCUUGAAAGAGCGUGUCUUCCUAGCCGGCGAUGCAGUGCAUACACAUUCUCCUAAAGCUGGCCAAGGAAUGAACGUGAGCAUGCAAGACACUUAUAACCUGGGAUGGAAAAUUGCACAUGUGGUCAAGGGAUAUAGUGACGGUUCAAUCCUAAAGACAUACCAGACCGAGAGGAGGCAGAUUGCGCUUGAUCUGAUUGAAUUCGACCAUCGUUUCUCGCGACUCUUUUCAGGACGGCCUGCAAAAGAUAUCCUAGAUGAAGAGGGGGUAAGCAUGGAAGAAUUCCAGGCUGCAUUUGAGAAAGGAAAUGAAUUCGCAAGUGGAACGGCGGUCGAUUACGGCCCAAGUAUCUUGGUUGCCAAGACAGAUAAAAGCCAUGAGAACAUUGUCAGCAAAUCAAACCUGGCAACCGGGGUCUUGGUUGGGAAACGUAUGCCCAGCUUCAAAGUACUCAAUCAAUCGGAUGCCCGCCCCUGGCAUCUGCAGGAGCUGCUACCGAGUACCGGGCGAUGGCGUCUGCUUGUGUUUCCGGGGGAUUUGACGAACCCAGAAACCAAACAACGCUUUGGCAACCUGGGGGAGAAGCUUGGUGCGCGUGAUUCAUUCAUUAGAAGGUUUACGCCUCCCAGUCAACCCGUGGAUAGUGUCAUUGAAGUCUUGACCGUCCAUGCUGGGCCCCGCAUCAGCAUUGAGCUUCAAGAUCUGCCCGCUGCCUUCCACCCUUACGAUGAAAAGUUGGGCUGGGACUAUUGGAAAGUUUUUGUCGACGACCAAUCAUACCACGAAGGGCACGGCCAGGCUUACGCGAAAUAUGGAAUCAACCCUGCCCAUGGCGCCAGCGUCAUCGUCCGACCUGACCAGUAUGUAAGCUGGGUCGGAGAGAUGGACAACUACGAAGAAAUGGCCGGGUUUUUCUCUGGGUUCAUGAAAGAGCAGACUAACACCAAGUCUGAGGAGUGA